CCUAUUGCAACAACUCCACCACGUCGUAGCAGGAAGGACGAAUCCUCAAGCCACAGCAGCAACGAAACCCUGGCAUCAGCUACCAGCCAGAUCUCCCUAGGAGAAUUAAUACGUCAGAAAGCUACCACUGAUUGGGGAACUGAGUCAUGGUAUCAACUUCCAUCAGAAAUGGAUGCCAGCCAUUUAACUGCUGCCUUGGAGACAAAGCUUGGCCUGACUUGCGAUAGAAAUGACCUGACGGAGUUCCCUACGCUGGAGGAAGGAGUGUUGCCUUCAGCAGAAGCAUCUAGAAGGCAGCCGCCUGGAGAUACAGCACAUGGCUUACUGCUGAAUAUCCAUGACAGUCAAUUCUCUCCUUGUCUUCCACUACUGAUGUAUUCAACACGAGGCCAAAGAUUUUCAGAUGUGACGCUUCUCCAGCAGUCAGAAAUGGAUUUUAAUCCCUUAAGAGGAGUCCCUGAUGUUUCUGGAGCAUUUGUGGAACAUUCAAAGCCUUCGCACAUCCGUGAAACUGUGUCACUGAUGGACACGGAACCGUUCUCUGAUGCAUCCGGUGACUGCUUUACUUUGUCCCAGCAUCCUCUUCCAUUCAGUCACGUGGAACCUGAUGAUGCCAGUUGUCGUGGUGGUUCAUCUCAGCGAACCUCUUUUUCUGGACGACUACUUGUGAGCAAGGAGGCAAACGAACACUGUACAAGUGGUCGUAAUGAGGAGACAUUGAUUCCCCAAACAAGUUACAAUUUAGCAAACAGCACUUCAAAGGUGAUGCAAACCAAGGCAAAUAGACUCAACCAAAUGGAAACUUCUCUUGCAAAGCAAACCUGUAGCAUGUCUGUAAAAGAUGAACGUUUCUCCUGUGAGAGCAAUGUGCCAGCUACUGGUUUUGAGCUUUCAGAGAAAGAAAAAGAGUUACUGAGGCAUGAUGAGUUCUCAUCUUCAGAAAACUCCUCUUGUAAAACAGUACUGACUAAGAAUUCAGUAAAAAGUGAAAGAGGGAUGCAGAAGGAAAAGGUAAAAAUGGCUGAGAGAGAGUCAGAAAAGUGCAGGAGAUGGCUAAAGGAGCUGGAAAAAGAAAAGAAGGUUCCUGAGCUUGAUUUGCCUAAUAAUUUAUCUGAUGAUUUGAGGAAACGCAAUCGUAAAAAUUCAGAUGCUCAAGAUAUUUUUUCUGCAAAAACUUCUGAAACGGGUGAAGGAAUGCUGAAGGAACAUAGAGUGGAUUUAAAUGGCUCUCAAAGCUUGAAGUUCAUGACUCUUACUGAGGAACUCCGGGGAGAUUUUCUAGAUCAUCAGCAGAAACCACUAUUUCCUGCAGUGAGAUCUGAGAAAGAGGAAUUUAUCCCUACUGUGACAAGCAGCACUGAUUGUGCACCUAAACAACUCGUUUUGACUGACAUGGAAGCUCCUGCUUCAUGUAGUGAGAAUAUGCCAGUGGAAGUAGAACCUGGAGGAAGCAGGAGUGAAUUAACUAUUUCAGAUUUUUCCAUAGAAAGGGGGCAUAAAGUUACAGGCAUUUCCCCUUCCUUUAAUCUUGUAGAUGAUGGCUCAUUGUCUGUACACUUUGCUAAUCCAAACUAUCAGUCUACUCCAGGGAUACUCCUAAAGAAAAAUGUGAAGGCAGAAGAACUUGAUGUCCCUGUGAUCAAAUCCGAUAUUCAGACCUCUCCUUCAAGCUUAAAUGAAGAAACUUCAGGGAGUUCAUCUACCAGUACACUUGUAUCAGUUGAGAAGGAACGUUCACUCCAAUGUACUCCGAAAGAAAACAAUGAACGUUUUGAGUCCUUAAAAUUGAAAUAUCCCAACACUGGAAUAAUUCAGUCUCUCCCAUCGCUUAGUUUCAUGGAGAAGGUAUGGGCUUGGAACAUGAGCCAGCCAGAGGAGGUAUCCGAUGCAGUAACUUCAUGUGACCCAGGUGGAGUUUCUCCUAGAAGGAAGGCGUACAGUGCAAUCAUCAGUUCUUCAAACAGUAUUUUGUCAACACAAAAAAGUGGUAGAGACCCCAAAGGUUAUGUUGCUGCUUCCUCCAGAGAGACAGGUUCCCUGGGAAGUUUGCGUUUUCAUAAUAAAAACUUACUGCGUGCCCACCCUCUUACUAGAUCUCAGCCUGAUGACGUGGUAAAUGUUUCCAGUAGGAGCACGUCCUUUGUUGAAGUUACUCCGCCAGCAAACUCAACAGAGGCAGUGCAGCCUCUAGAAGAAAAAAGUAAUGUUUUAGGAGCGUCUGAAAAUAGUUUAGGAGGCUCCAUGAUACAGAAGCUUACAGCUGAGGUUGUUUCUGAAUCUAGUGAUGAAGAUGCAGAAAGUUAUAGUACCGGAGAAAGUUCAGACACAAAUGUCUUUGUUUCCAGUGAAGGAAUUGCUCAGCUCCUUAGAGAGGAUGGAAACUCUCCAACCGAUGACCGGAAGAAUUUUGAUGACCUUGAGUAUCAGUCUCACAACCUAAAUAUUCCUACUGGUCGUGUCAGCGUGGACAAUUUUGGUGCUAUUUCCCCUGAUAGUUUGAAUCUUCCUGUUAGUUCUGGGGAAAGUAGCCAUGGAGGCUUGGGCUCUGCAGGGUGCUCUUCAGUGGUUUCCGGGCACUUCUUCACCAGUGCAAAAGAUGAUAACUUCAUCCCUGUUGGAACAACUUCUUUGAGAACUCCAGAGAAAGAAGAGCUUAAUAUUGAAGAAAGGAUCCCAAUAUAUCUUCGCAACCUUGGCAUUGAUCAGUCACCUGGAACUAUACUGACGCCGUUUGUACCCCGAGGACCGAUCAGGGAAGUUGAAUUUUCCCCUUCGGAGCUUAGAACGCUGAAGAACUCCACUGACACCCUGAGGAGGGCUGCUCCGCAGCCGCAAGGUAAAUUGCUGUCAGCAGUUGAAAUUACACAAAGAUGUUUAAACUCCAGCACUUCCACUCUCAAUAUGUCUAUACCAAUGAAUUCAGAAGUUGGCUCUGAUAUUCUGUCACCCUGUGAACUCUCUCCCCGCUUCUCAAGAUCUUUUGGAGACGAACCAGUGAGUCAGUGCAGUAUGUCAUGUCACCAGCUGGAGAUAACUGCUCCGCUUUCCACACGAUGGGCGGCAGAGAGUUCAGCUGUCUCCAAACCAGCUGAACCAAACCAGCAGCUGCAGACUGUUUCACCUGACUGCCAUUCUGACAGAGUCCGUCCCAUGGUUGUUGCAAAAAGUGUUCAGGAUCUGCUAGCUAAAAAUGACUCAAAAGAUGUGAAUAGCAGCCUGCAGAGAUGGACUGCCAGUUCUUUGGCUGGAGUUAAAAAUGAAAUGGAAGUUGACACAGGAUCACAAACUUCACGUGUAGGUAGGGAGAGCAGUAAGGGUCAAGAAAGUGAUUCUUUGAUUGAAUCUAGUGCUUUGCAAGAAAUACAUAAGCUUUUGGCAGAGGAUAUAACUGGCAGGUUGGGCAAUCCUGUCUUUUCCACUGCCUCUUCUAGAGAAACUGGGGAGUGUUCCCCAGUCCUAAGUAGAAAGGAAAGUGACCCUGAAGAGUCCAGGUUAGUGAAAGGCAGCGUCCCUCAGUUUCAGAAGAUACUGUCAUGGGAUGAGACUACGACCCAAAGAAGCAUGCAAGAAGAGGGGUUAGAAAUAAGUCCUCUGAGUUACAACACAUGCAAUUUAAGAUGGGAAGGUUCUUUUGAUGUCAGUUUGCGCAAUAGUGAAGAGGUAACGAAGGAAAUGAUCAAAGAGUUUAGGACAGGAAAAUCUGUAGGAAGGGCUGAGCCAGAAGGCUGUAGUAGUGUAACUACAGACAGAAAUCAGCCUGGUUUUGUGGGUCUUGCACAAAGCACUGGAAGCAGUGAAGUCAACACUGAAAGAACUUCAGAGUUGAAGAAUCCUUCCUCCUCGGAGCCUCUAGGCAGUGUCACUGAUGUCGCAGGAGGCUUCCAGAGCAUGUUGUCUAAAGCUAGUGUAGCCAGAAACAAGGCAGGAGGCGUGCAAGAGAGCGAUGACAGUAGCAGUGGAGAUUCACUAGCUGCCCGUGUCAAAAACUUUCUGAGAAAUGGAUCACCUGUGAUACAUUCAACACAAAUUCUGAAGAGGACAGAGGAAGAGGAGAGGAAAGCACGAGCAUGGGUGAAGCUAAAACUGGCCAGCCGAUCUCAGGAACCUGUGUCAGAGUUGAAUGAAGAGGACCAACAAAGAAUAGAGGAAAUAAAGGCAGAGCUGCUUCUGAGUGCCAAGAAAUCUGCACUAGCCAAGGAUCCAUGGGUCUGUGAUUUGGAAGCUGCUUCCAAGUACAGCCAUAAUCAGGAACAGGACACAGAGCAUUUCAAAGCUCCAAGUGACAAAAGAUUUCAAGCUGACAAACACACACAAGCCAUCGGGACUAAGGAGCUUUUAGAGUCAAGCUUUCGACAAGCUGUGCCAUCAUAUAGAGCUGAUCCUUCCGAUCGUUGCCUGAUGAAGGAUAUUCCGUUUAAAUCUUUGAGUACCAUUCAAACACCUGUUUCCAACCAGCGUCAAAUAGUUGCAACUAGUCAUUCUGAUGCCGUUAUUGAACGUCAUUCACCAUUGCAGAAGGAAUGUGCAAUGAGAUCUGCAGCUGCUUCCAAUACACAAACAGAAGUCCACUUACCAGCUCAAAAGAAGCUGUCUAUGGAGAAGUGUUCUGAGGAUAUGGCUAAGCAAAUUACUUCUAUCACCUUUUCAUCCCGGAAACGUUUGCAGUCACCAUUGACUUCCAUGGCACUCAGCAGUAGCCUUACUAGAGAUGAUCUUGAUGGGAUAAAGCCUUUGGAGGUUGACUCUGCUGAGGAACAGAGCUGUGACAAACAACGCUGGGAAAGAUCUAAGACCUGUCCUCCCAGUUCAACGCUUGCUGGCUCACUGUCUAAUGAGAUUGCUUAUACUGCUGAAAAAAACAGGUUUCGUCAUGUCUUUGCUGACAGUAACAGAGUUGGAGCUUAUCAAGAAACAGACUCUUUGUCAGAUCAAGAUUCUGUAAGCAUCCAUGCUGUUAAAAGACAGACCCUUAGUGCAAAAAAUUCUGAUGUUCUACCUCAAGAUGUAACUGAAUUGGGCAGGCAUUGUGCCAGACUCGUGGGGCUUGACUGCGAUACAAGAUUCAGUCAAGAAAUGAAUAGAUUUAAUGAACCUCGUUCUAUAAGCUCUUACCAGCAGGAGAAAAGCAGCCCACCCGGCCACGUCCAGUUGUUUGAGAACUUAGAAGAUGCAAGUCCAGCUGCACAAACUGAUUUACUGAAGGGCCCUAUUAAGUUGUUGGCAGAAGAGAAGGAAAGUCCUUCCAAUGAAGUACCUCUCAUUCAGAAAGAGGUUGUGAGAGAGGAAAUCAAUACGUCUCAUCAUUCAUCUACAGAUGGGAUUUUAUGCGGCACGUCUGUAUCUGCUUCAUCACCAACUAAGAAAGCACUGUCUUGUGUCCACAUAAGUCUUUCCCCAAAGUGUAAUAAGUCAGAGCUGCAUAGUGAUGUGAAUGCUGAAAAUGAGAUGAGAUCGUGGGGGUCAAAUGAUGCCCUUCGUCCAAGUCUUCCAGCAAAUGUGCUUGGUUUAAAGGAUGGUAAUCCUCCAGAUGGUAUGGCUAUCAAGCAUAAAGAAGGAACCUUCAGAAAGAGGGCCAAGCCCAAGCUAGCCUGGGCUGAGGAGCAAAUGAUACCACUGGAAGCUUCCUCAGAACAAACAAAUCACUCGAAGUCUGUGAAAACCACUCAUUCGGUCUUCAAAUCUACACCGUUCUACCUUCAUCAUCCAGUGUCCACGUGUGAGAGCUACUUCCUAUUUGACAGUGAGCUGUCAGAAGACAGUUCUGAUACUGGACACGAGGCAAGACUUAGUAGAGAUCGUGGCUCCACGGUCAGUUCCACCACGAUCAGUUCCACGACGUCGGAAUCAGAUACGGUGACCCAAACAGAGACAGAAACUGCUACCUGGACUGAGGUGAGCAGUUCUGCUUCCACCAUUGAUACUGCCAGGCUGAUCAGAGCUUUUGGUCAUGAAAGAGUGCAGGUGUCACCAAGACUCUCUCAGCUUUAUUGCACCAUCGACCGCCAGAAAAGUCGCUCUGAAAAGUGGGACAAGGGAAGUGGCAAAGCAGUGGGCGUGGAAUAUCCAAAGGUUACUUCUGAGAGACACAGGAAAAGGAAAGAGAUCCAGAAUGCAAUCUCCCUUUCAUCGGAUUCAGUUUCUACAAGCAGUAGUUCUUGGGGGCCAAGCUCUGCUCUUAGUAACAAGCGACACACACGGAUGCUAAACAAAGGUAUCCAAGCAGGAGACUUCGAGAUUGUGAACAGUGCAACUAAGAAAAACACUCGAGAUGUUGGUGUGACUUUUCCUACCCCAAGAUCUAGCCAGCCAAAUCAACGGCCACAGGAACCCUGGCAUUGCGUUGAUAAUAAUUUUGGAGAGUCAGAUGGUCUGGUCACAGAUCAUCAGGCAGCAAAAAACAAGGGUAAGCAGAAUGGACAGCCAGGCAAUUUUUUCAUGGAGAAAAGGACGAAAAGGAGCAGGCUGCAUUCACCACAAGGGAUUUCAUGGUUUGUCCAAGCAGAAGACUUGAAAUCUGAAUCUAGGAAAGAAAACCAUUCCAGUUUCUUUUCUGGUCCUGGUCCAUCUUGGAUGGAACCAUUGACGAGCACAAAGCCUUGGAGAGAGCCUCUCCGAGAGAAGACCUGGCAAGAGCAACAGCACAGCAACAUCAUUCAGCGAGCAGUUCCAGAAAGAAGUGCUGAGACGAGGUCCUUGCAGCCGUUUGUGAAGCUUACGCUACAGGAGGCUCUUGCAGCGCAUCGCCCUGAUUUCAUCUCCCGCUCUGGAGAGCGUAUGAAGCAUCUGAAGCUUGUAAUGGAGGAAAGGAGGAUACAGAGCAUACUGCAGUCCGAACGAGAACAACUAUUUAAUCCUCCGGAGAAAAGAAGGGGCUACAGGAAUGCAAAUCACAUCCUGCCCGACACAGGUUUUCUGACUAGAGAAAAGAGAAGAACAAUUCCAAAGAGUGAAAUGGUUCAAAGAUCUAAACGGAUCUAUGAGCAGCUGCCAGAGGUGCAGAAGAAGCGAGAAGAAGAGAAGAGAAAAAUGGAAUACAACUCAUACCGCUUGAAAGCACAGCUUUACAAAACA